AUGUCGGAGCCCAUCAGGAACAAGAAGGCCGACUUCCCGGUCGCCCCGACCCCGCAAAACACGCCGGCCAACAAUGCCCCGAUCUCCUCCCACGCCCAGCAGCCCGGCGUAUCCAGCAUCACAGAAGAAACCCUGGACAGUGCCGCGGCCGCCUCGCUCUUCGCCCGAAACCCCGCCCUUGUGUCGAUGAUCCAGGGCAAAUUGGGUCAGCUCGUUGGCCGCUCGUCCGGCUACAUCGAGUCCCUGCCUCCCUCCGUUCGCCGCCGCGUAGCGGGCCUGAAGGGGGUUCAAAAGGAACACUCCAAGCUGGAGGCCCAGUUCCAGGAAGAGGUUCUCGAACUCGAGAAGAAGUUUUUUGCCAAAUUCACCCCGCUGUACGAGCGCCGGUCCACGAUCAUCAACGGUGCGGUGGAGCCGACUGAUGCUGAGGUGGAUGCUGGCAAGGAGGAUGAGGAAGAGGAGGCCGAGACCAAGGAAGGCGAGGAGGAGCCCAAGUCGGAGGAGUCUGAGACCAAGGGCAUUCCCGAGUUCUGGCUGUCGGCCAUGAAGAACCAGGUCUCUCUGGCCGAGAUGAUCACCGAGCGGGAUGAGGAGGCCCUCAAGCACCUCACGGACAUUCGAAUGGAGUAUCUUGACCGGCCCGGAUUCCGCCUCAUCUUUGAGUUUAGCGAGAACGAGUUUUUCACCAACGAGACCAUCUCCAAGACAUACUACUACAAGGACGAGAAUGGCUAUGGCGGCGAUUUCAUCUACGACCACGCAGAGGGUUCCAAGAUUGACUGGAAGGAUGACAAGGACCUGACUCUCCGCCUGGAGAGCAAGAAGCAGCGGAACAAGAAUACCAAGCAGACCCGUGUUGUCAAGCCGCCGUCGGAUGACGACGAGUCGAUCGCCAGCGACAUCGAAGAGCGUCUGGAGCUGGACUACCAACUGGGCGAGGAUAUCAAGGAGAAGCUGAUUCCCCGCGCGAUUGACUGGUUCACCGGUGAAGCCCUGCAGUUUGAGGAGUUGGGCGAGGAGAUGGACCCGGAUGAGUUUGACGAUGAGGAGGAUGAGGACGACGACGACGAGGAUGAGGACGAUGAGGGAUCCGACCGCGAGGUGGAUGAUGACUCGGACGAAGAGGAUGGCACUUCCAAGCCCAAGAAGGAGGCGGCUGAGUGCAAGCAAAACUAG